AUGGCCACCAGACACGCUCCCACUUUAGCCGUGUCCCAGAGCGUGGCGCUGGUGACGCCUGUCUCCGCGUCGACGAUGACCUCGGGACGGAGUCGUCCAGUCGGCGCAAGGCAACGACAAGGUCCGCUGGUUAUCGCCAACCCCGACGAUUCUGAUAAUGAGGACGAACCCUCCCCGACCCAUGUUUCUCCUCUGCGUGUUUCUCCAGUCCGUCCCUCCGCCGCUGGCGGCGCUUCGAAGUCGUCAGACUCAUCGAACCUGGACCGCAACUGUACUCCAGUGACAGAACCAGUUCCAAUCGUAGUCCCGAACGCGGCCAGCACCUCAUCCGGCUCGUUGCCUUCACCAGGAAACGCCUACCCCACAACCACCUUGAUACCGAACGGCCACAGCCCCGCGCCUUCGUCAGGAUCGCCCAACGCUACUCGGCAGAUAGCACUGCCUCAACCUCCGUAUAGCUCUCCACCACUACUUUCCGGUGGCGGUGAACCACAUCGCGGCAUCCCACCGCCGCCGCCACCGCAGCCUGAGCGGCACCGAAUGAUGGUCGGACGUCGCGCCCAAUCGAGCCCGACUGACCAGACGUCAACGCUCUCAGUGUAUAUGGACCCCCGGCGGCCGUCUGGAUUUGAAGGGCCGACACCGACGUCGCCGGGCCGAGCGCUCCCGACUAUCCCAACGUAUCCCAUAAGAUCACAAACUGUACCAUCCCCGACCUACACCUCCGCCAAUGCCGACCACCCCCCUCCCUACGACCCAUCACCUCCUGUGUCGACUCCUUCCAUUGUAUCGCCCCCUGUAACGAGGAGUACCGCAUCAAACUCGUCUUCGAGCCUUCACAGCAUGGAUGGCAACCGGGUUGGCAGUCCGGACGACUCCAGGCUUGGUUCAACAGGUGGCAACAGACAGCGGUCUGGCUCGGUCCAACGCGCUCGACUGCAAGCUACCACCAAUAACGAGCAGUUUGUUGUCGUUGACAUCACGGGCAUUCACACGAGUGAGGGCAUUCGGGAGCGGCUCUUUUCCAAGUUGCAUUUCCGUGAAGAAGACUACCAGUUAUUGUCUAUCUUCCAGACGGACAUUGGAGAGCAGCCAAACAGGAACGCCCUCACCAACCAGGAUCUCCUCCAGUUGUGCCAGCAGCACGGUAACGCUAACGGUACCCUCAAAUUUCUCGUGGUGCCCGACAACAUUCCCUCAACGAGGACCAUGGUUGGGGCGCUGCCAGACCACAACACCCGUCACCCUGUUCUUUAUCCCAUCGUAACGGAUAUCACCGUUCCCCCAUAUUCUGUCGCUGGCCAUCGCUCGAACAGCAGUAGCAUGAGUGGCCCGUCUGAGCCAAUGGACCGAGGCACCGGCAGCCGCACAAGCAUCACGAGCGUCGACGAUGCUAACAUGGUUCGGACGCGGGGAACGCUGGGUUCGUCCAGCUCACACUCGCCGCCCAUGACAGACCCAGUAUCCACGUCCGCUGCGCAUCACCCGUUGAUCGUGCCUCCUCUCCACCAUGGCUCGAGGUCAUUGUCGUCGCCGAACGUGCACACCAUCGAUCCGCUGGCAGACGAUGACGAGGGCACUUACCGACCAGUUCCCGCGGCUACCCCGGCGGCAAGGUCGUCACGGGCGGGCCCGUCGUCUUCUUACUCUGCGGGGCCCUCCGAUGCCGACACGCAAGCGAUUGCCACUUUGGCUGGGAUCACGGAUGACAUGGACGCGGCGACAAAGGCGACGGUCUUGAUGCUCUAUUUGCAGGACCAGGAGGCCGAACAGCAAGCGAGGGCUCAACGCCUUGCACGUGAAGAGGCCGACGAGCGACUUGCCAUGCAGGAGCAAGAAAGCGAGCCGCCUUCUUAUCACCGCCGACAGUCCGAGCUGACCCGACCAACGCAAGCGCCCCACGCAACUCCCAUCAGGACGAACACUGCGCCGUCUCCUAUGUUGGGUAAUGACCUAUCGUCGAACAAAUAUCCACGCCCGCUUCGCCGGCACAUGGGCCCCGUUAUUCGGCGUGGCUCGCGCCCGCAGCCGCCAUACAUCUCAACCAAACAAGGACCGGCGUCUAUGCCCGCCGGGACGGGUUCUGGACACUCUGGUAUGCCGUUGACACCAAUCACAGCGGAGCCGUCGGCUUACCAUGGUGGCCGGUUCUCGGACCCCGACGCGGCAUAUCGCGGCAUCCUUUCCUUCCCUUCUCCACAGCCCAACACCGCGUGGUCAGUCCCUGCACCUACAGUGUCACCAUCUCGUGACCCGCCGCAUCUGACCCAGUUCGGGGGGCGCAGCACAGCGCAAUUUCAACAUUUCGAGAACUACCGGGGUCGCACAGGUUCAGACUCUCGCAUCGAUAAUCGCCAUGUCCGCGACAACAUGUAUCCGAACCCCAGAAACGAUAGGACGCUUCCCUUACGACCUCGGCAUGGCACAAUCGAUUCGCCUUCUGAUGUCGUAUCGGGCAAUGGUACGAACACCUCGGAAUCCACCAUCAUUGCUCCUUCCCAGGGCGACUCGACGUACAUGGCGGUGAACCACGAUUUGCGCCAGUUCCACGACAUCAUUGACGGCCAAGGAGCAAUCGCGGACCCCCAAGGACUGUUGCCUAGCAGCACGCAGGUGGGAAGCAACGAGGCCACGCUGUUCUUUACGCCGCCGGCCAAGCCAACGGACCUCGCUGGUAUGAACCGCCGGACUAGUGGUGACCGUCAGUUGACGAUCACCAAUGCGGACGCUUCCUCAGAUUCGGAGAGCGACACUGGAAGUAUCCAGCGCGUCCAGGGCGCUCGUGCUCCAGAGAACGAUUGGCACGUUCGCCCGGAACCCGAAUCACUCUACGAGCACCUGCAAGAGUUCUUCCCACAGAUCGACAUUGACGCGCCAUUUGUUGACCCGGCCGGUCUCUCGAUGCCCAGCACCCCGUCGUCUGACUCUCCACGUAACACGAGCGAAACACAGCGCCCACCUCCGCCCCAACACCCCGCGCGGCAGCUCACAGCCUCAACGACGCAGAACGCAAAGGUCGACGAGGUGCACAGGAACCCAGUCCGGGGCGCAGUGCACGCAGGUUUCCAGGCUGUUACGAAUGCGGCUGCUGCUGCCUUCAACAAGUCGGAGCACCGCCGCUCGAUUCGUAACGUCGCCGACCUGCGCCGGCGGUCCAUGCAGAAGCACAAGGUAGAUGCUUGCCCUGUUGACCAAGGCAAUCAGGUCGUCGCGGAAGGUGCGGUAGGGGUCCGGCGCAGCUCGAGCAUGUGGGGUCACCGUGUAGUGGAGGUCACACAAAGCCAGAUUCCACCCUCAAUUCCCGAAUCGCCAUGCUCUGACGGUCGUCCUGUGACCUUGAACUGGGUCAGGGGCAGGAUGAUUGGCAAGGGCUCGUACGGCAGAGUGUACCUGGCACUGAAUGCGACCACUGGCGACAUGAUGGCAGUCAAGCAGGUCGAGCAGGCUUCCCCAGAUGACGGAACAGUAGACUCGCGGCAGAAGACCGUGAUAGCCGCUCUGCAAAAGGAGAUCACCCUUCUCAAGGACCUGUACCACACGAACAUUGUCACAUAUCUCGGCUUUGAGACGAGCCUCGAGUACGUGUCCAUUUUCCUCGAGUACGUCCCGGGCGGCACCAUUGCUUCAAUCUACCGGACACCCAACCAGGGCCGUUUCGAGGAGCAGCUGGUCCAGUUCUUUACCAGCCAGAUCCUUCAAGGCCUCGCGUACCUGCACAACCGAGGCAUCUGGCACCGCGACCUCAAGGGCGACAACAUCCUUGUCGACGCCAACGGCGUGUGCAAGAUUUCCGACUUUGGCAUUUCGAGGCAGACAGCGAAUGUGUACGACUCGUACGACAAUGGCACAAUGAUGAAGGGUUCCAUCUUCUGGAUGGCACCCGAAGUCCUUCAUUCGCAAGGCGAGCGCACUGGGAGCCGUAAGGACCCCGAAGGCGAGCGCACUGGGAGCCGUAAGGUGCCGGAAGGCGAGCGCACCUAUAGCGGCAAGGUCGAUAUUUGGUCGCUGGGCUGCGUUGUCCUGGAGAUGUUUACGGGAGCUCGCCCAUGGAGCGAAGUGCAAGAACAGAUGCAAGUCAUCCUGAAGCUCUUUCACCAAUGCAGGCCAAGCAUCCCGAGUGAUGUGCGUUUCUCCGCCCAGGCACUAAAGUUCCUGUUUGAGUGCUGCCUCGUGAUCGACCCCAACGCCCGCCCCACCGCCGUUGAGCUUCUAGAGCAUGAGUUCGUCACCGACCUGGACCCGACGUGGACCUUCCACGAAUCGAGGAUUGGCAAGGCUGUCGCACGGCGGCUUGACAAGGCACGCGCAGAAACGUCGAUGAACAACACGAGCGGAAACUCUGGCAUGGGAUAG